UACUAGUGCUUCAUAUUUGCACGCUGUGUUCAACCUGUAAUGUUGCGGCGGUAUAAUAAUGUGUUGAAAACAACGAUCUUGUCAAAGCGCGUGCAUAACUAAUAGGAUGUCCAUAAAGCUUUUCAUCAGACAUUAAAUGCAUAAUGCCUAAUUUCUGUGCCGCUCCGAACUGUACCAGGAAAAGCACCCAAUCCGAUUUAGCUUUCUUUAGGUUUCCAAGGGAUCCUGAGAGAUGUAGGCUGUGGGUGGAGAAUUGUCGGCGUGCAGAUCUUGAGGAGAAAACUCCUGAUCAAUUGAACAAGCACUACCGGCUAUGUGCAAAGCACUUUGAACCAGCGAUGAUAUGCAAAACGAGCCCUUAUAGGACAGUACUAAGGGACACUGCUAUUCCCACUAUAUUUGAUUUAACCAGCCAUCUCAGCAACCCACACAGCAGACAUCGCAAACGCAUCAAAGUUCUGACAGAUGAAGAGGUUCAGAAAAUCAAAGAAAGACGAUUGGAGGCUUCAAUGGAACAGUUGCUCACAAAAAAAGAAUGUGAAACUCAGGAUAACAGCGAGACCACUGAUGAUAUUCCUCAUCUGACACCUGAACAAAAAGAUCUGAGAGAGUUCUUAAGGUCUUUGUUUGAAGUCCUGGUUUUAAUAGGAAAACAAAACUUUCCAUUCAGUUGGAAUUCAAAAGAAGAUGAAAUAAGUGCUAAAGAGCAGGGACAGCACUAUUCUGUCAGUACAGUUCAGGAUUUGUUGGAAAACCGCAUCAAUGCGGGCGAUGAAUUUCUUAGGAGAAGGUUUGAGACAGUGGCUGUUAAUGAGGAAUAUUGCCCAGCCAUCCAGCAGAAGCAAAUUAUAGAGGUCUGUAAGAGAUGUUUCCGUGAAGAGAUUCUUCAGCAAGUCCGAGAAUGCCGUUUCUUUUCAAUUGUCACCGGGGAGUUGGUGGAGUUCCCAGAGGGAGAGCACCUUCCAAUAUUCCUGCGCUAUGUAGACCAAGACAGCACUCUUAGGGAGGAAUUCAUAGAAUUCCUCUCAUUUGAAGGAGAGGAGGUCUCUGUUGCUGAGAGGUUGGAGUCUCAGAUCACAAAGGAAUGGGGCCUGAGCAUGGAGCACUGCAGAGGGCAAGUGCAUGCAGGUUGUGGAAUACUUGCCACCAAGAUGAAAGUCAUUGCUGCCAAGCUAAAUGAGAAAUAUCCUACGGCAGUAAUAACCCCCAGUUCUACCUGUGCACUUAACGUUCACCUUGCUAAUGGCAUGUCACUGACCGGAGUGCAAGUCGUGAUGUCGGUUCUGAAAAAGAUGAAUGCAUUUUUUAAAGGAUCUCCGUUGCUGCAGGCUGAGCUUGAUAACGCCAUUUCCAUUGUCUAUCAGGGAAACAUGGAAAAAGAGAAUGAUCUCAAGGAGCACUCACAUUCAACAUGGACUGAGCUUCAUAAUGUGUUUGAGAUGGCUGUCGAUAUGAUGGAGCCUCUUCUGCUUUGUAUGGACAGCAUACACGACAAUGAAGAUCUAAAGUGGAACGACCAAAUCACCAGUGAUGCCUACACCAUUUCAGAAGCUCUGGCAGACUUUGAGUUUGUUGUGACGUUGGUUGUAUUGAAGAACGCUCUGUCUUUCACAAGAGCUUUUGGAAAGAACCUACAAGGAGAAACCCUUGAUGUCUUUUUCGCAGCUAACAGCCUAACAGCAGUAUUGCAUUCGUUGCAUGAGGUAUUACACAAUCUUGAGGUAUACCACGAAUUCUGGUUUGAAGAGGCUGUCAAUUUGGCUAUGGCAAUGGAGAUCCCAGUGAAGGUUCCAAGGUUGUUCCUUCGGAAGCAACAGGCCAUGGAAACCAUGGAAAUACAGGCAGAGUCUUUCUUUAAAGACUACCUUACACUCCCAGUUAUGGAGUAUAUCACACAGGAGGUGCAGGACAUCUUCUCUGAGAAUCAUUUGAAGGCGCUCAAGUGCUUGUCUCUUGUCCCACAAGUCAUGGGACAAAUGAAGUUCAAUACAUCAGAGGAGAGCCAUGCGGAUAUCUACAGGAGUGAUCUACCCCAUCCCGACACUUUGCCUGCUGAGCUACACUGUUGGAGGAUAAAAUGGAAACACAGAAGCAAGGAAGUGAGCUUGCCGUGCACCAUUCAUGAAACUCUACAGCACUCGGAUGUAAAAUUCUUCCCAAACGUUAAUGCGUUUCUGAAAAUUUUAGCCACGUUGCCAGUGCUGAAGCUUGAUGGAAGUCUGGGUGAAACUGCCCAAAAACGCUUACAAGCUUACCUCAAAGACACCACAGUAAACAAGAGGUGUAAGAGUUUGGCUGUGCUAAACAUCAAUUAUCAUAUAAAAACAGACUUUGAAGAAAUGGUUCAGUGUUACAUAAAAAGUUACCCAGAAGUAAGCGAGAAUGAUUAACCCUCCAACACUCCUUUGAACUGGAAGGAAAAUGUAAUAUUUAAAAAUUGUUCUGCAUUCUAUAUUGAAAGUACUCUGAAUUUCUUUUCCUCUAUGAUUGCAUUAUUUUUUUCUUGAAGAAAUUGUGUUUUUACAUUUUUAUGGACAAGACAGUCAGGCAAACAAAACAUUGCAAGAUCCCUCUUUUUGAGGUAGAUGCUGGUGAACAUGUCUGAAGGUCCUUACAGAAAUGUUCACCAUAAAAUAUCUACUUCAAAAACAGGGAUCUUGCAAUGUUUUGUUUGUCUGAAUGUCUUGUCAGUCGACAGUUAUCUGAUAAAUCGACAUUAAGAAUCAACCUUUACAGACAAUUACCUCUGUAAGAACUUGAAAUGUUUGAGUACGGCAAAGUCCAAAGUGUA